GGGUACGUAGGUAGCAUCCAUUGUCGAGCAUGUCGGAUAACUCUUCAGAUAGCGUACUUAUACACCUCGCUCACUUGUGUAGGAGCUGCUGGCAGUGCCAGAAGGACACUAAAGCCGCUUUAACAUAGCUUUAUUUCUCUUCCUUUUCAGCAACGUAGUAUUGCGCUGGGAACAUACUUUCAGUAGGGCUUGCUGAGCUAUGCAGGACUAGGCGAAAUGUCUUGCUUUUGGUGCUUCGGGGCUCAGCCCAAUGCUACACAAAGCGAAGCAAGCGUAUUGUCAGGUCCAACGCAGAAAAAUGGCGCAACCCAGUCUGUUGAGCCAUCGGCGCCGGCUACUCGUCCUCCUCCUCCUACCAAAGCACAAUCACCACCGCAACCGAUUGUUCAUGCUGCAGUUCCACCCGUUGUUCUGCAAUUGCAGCGCCAGUUGGCUGCCCUACAAGGGACAUGGAUCAGUCGAGUCGACUUGGCUCUGAAGUAUACCAUGGAGUGCACUGGUGCUACGGCCGUCAGCCUCUCUAUGCUAUCCCAAACGCACGACUGUCUGGUUGUGCUCGCUCGCCGCGGCCCGCAGCACCUAGUGCUGCCGCCCGGCAGCUGCAUUGCCAUCAACGAACCUGGCGAGACAUCGACGCAGUCGCUCGACAACCCCGAGCAGCACGCCCUGCAACACCUCUACGCCUCCCAGGCGGCCGUCAUAGCCUGCGUGCCACCGCCACACAGCUCAGUAACCCCGCCAGCAGCAACAGCGACCAAGACGCCGUCGCAGCUUAACGGCUCCUUAGCCUCUGCCGCUGCAGCCGGCGGUGCCGCCGGUCCCGGAAGCGGCAUCAGCAUCAGCAACGCGGCCAGUCUGCCGCUGGACUGGGCGCACCUGCACGCCACCUGCGGCAUCACACACUUCGCCGCGGUGCCGCUCUACCACGGCAACUCCCUGGCGGGUGCGCUCACCAUCCUGGGGACAUCCUCCUCUCCCUCCUCACCCUCUUCCGCAGCACCCCCAUGCGCAUCCCCCACGGUUUCUUCCGCACGCCCGACUCCCAUCCCCUCCCUCACCCCUCCAGCCCCGAUCUCAGCUGCAUCCACAGCCACGGGCGUCGCAAUCCCAGCCGGAGCACCCAAGGGCGGCAGCGGGCCCCUCCCGGCUGUUGCUGCUGCUGCUGCCCCCGCGCCCGGCGCCUCCUCCUGCUCCUCCUCCGCCACCGCCUCACUGGACCCGCUCUUCCGCGCGCCGCUCUCCCUGGAGCUGGUAGCCAUGGCAGUGGCUCAAUGCUGCCUGGGAGCUGACAUGGCCCUAGCGUGUCAUGCGGUGGAGAUGGUGCAAGCCAUGCAUGCAUGCGCCUCCAUUCAGCAGCUGGUGGCGGGCAUGUCGCUGGGACUUCAAGCGCUCAUGCAUGCGCGCUUCUGCUUGACGCUACGCUGCAGCGUGGCGCUUGCGGUUGAGUUCCAGCCCAAUGCCAUUAUGUUUGAGGAGGCGCCGUUGUGUCGUCAGGCAAGCGGUUCGGGCAGCCAUUCCUACGAAGCGAGCCAAGGCGGAGUUGGCAGCAUGGGAGCGCACAAGGCAGGGCACCCGGUGACAGGCCGAGCGUCAGCGGUGUUUAGCGCGACGGCGGAGGCGUCGGCGGGAGGAGGAGGGAGGAGGGAGUCGAUGGCACGGUUUGGGUCGGGCACGGCGACAACGGAUGGAGGCGGGCCGGGGACGGGACGUGGGAUGCGCAAUAGUGUGGAGGUGGCUGGAGAGCCGGCGUGGGGGGCGUCUAGCGGGCAUGUCACGGCCUCUGCGCUGCUGAAUCAGAUUGUGGGGAGGAGGUACAAGGCACGCCCCUUCUCCGUGUACCACACGCUGCUCAUCCGCACCAUCCACGAGCUGGCCGCCUCCUCCUACGGCGGCACCGUCAUCACGCAAUGCCAUGACCACAUGCAGGACGCCAAAACGCCCUCCCGGGACAUCUACGCACUCGGUCGCGGCGCCGGCCAGCCGCCGCAGUCGCUCGUACUAUCCGUCACGCACCUCCGCCCGGCGGACGACGUAACGCCCGGCGGCUCAUUGGAGGCGGCUGCCGCCGCCGCCGGCGGCGGCGGCAGCAACUCUGGGCCGGCAGCGGCCGGCUCGGGCCCGUACGGCCGUAGCAACACCGGCAGCGCCGCCGCCGCCGCGCUGGCGACGGCGGUUGAGUCCGCCACCGGUACGAACUGCAGUGACGCGCCGUCGCACGCGCAUGCGAUGCCGCCGACACCCGACGCCUUCACCACCUCCUCCGUCGGCCAGGCUUCGGUCUCCGGAACCACGGGCACUGGCGGCGGCGGCGACCCGGCGGCGCCGUCGGAGCCCCGGACGUACAUUGGGCUGUACAUGACGUCGACGGAGCCGCUGCCGGCGGCGCUGCUGGAGUUAAUCCUGGUGGAAGUUCACUCGCUGGCGUGUCACGUGCUGUCACCGUUGGUUCAUCGGAAGCUCUUGGUGGGCGAACUGGCGUUGGAGUGGGCGCUCAUGCAGAUGGUCACCAGUUCGAGCCUUCCGCAAGACAGCGCAAGCACGCAUGGACGGCCCUUCCCGCGCCAGGGCACGUCGAACCUUGGCGGCGGCGCAGCCGGCGGCGGUUCUAUCGGAGGCGGGAGUGUGGCAGCGGCAGCGGCUGGCGCCGUCGUCACGGGUCGCGGCGGCAGCAGCCUGGACGUUAUGCCUAUGGCAGUUGGCGCUACCGGAACCACCGGGGCCUUCUGCACCCCGGGAUCCACCUCCGCCGGGUCGACGGGCGGCACCGCCGUUACGGCGGCGUCAACGGCGGCCGCCAGCCCAAUCCUAACGGGCCCUGGCGGUAUCGCCGGCGGCGGCGGCGGUGACGGGGGCGGCGGCUUGCCAACGGGGCCGUACGGCACUGCCAACGCCGCCCGUCGCGCCAGCAUGCUGGCUCCCAGCGGAGCCAACUCCCGCAUGUCCUCCCUGCAGCGUAUCAUGGCGCCGUUCCUAAUGGCGGAUAUGGUUCCCACCGAACCCGCCGUCGGCUGCGGUGCCUCGGCGGCGGCGUCCGGCGGCGGCGGCAUCGGUACGGGAAUGGGCGUCGGCUUCGGCGUCAACGGCCGCCGCAGCAGCGACAUUGUUUUGGCGCUCACGCACGCCAUGCACCACCAAAACAGCUCGUCCUUGCAUGGUGGCGGCAGCGCAAUGUCCCCUGGCGGGACCGCGGGUAGCCUUGCGAACCGCAUGACGGGCCCUGGGGUAGCAACCAACGCGGCGGCCGCGGCGGUUGGCAUUCGCCGUAUGCUGGCCUUAGACGGCAAGGGCGGUGCCUUUGCAAGCAAGCAUGGUGUGCACACUGGUUCCCAUAAUGCCAGCAUGAGUGAGGGAUCAGCGCGGGAGAUGAUGGUGGCGGCGGCUGCAGCGGCGGGGCUCGCUUCCGGCGGCGGCGGCAUCGCCGGCGGCGGCGGCAUCGCCGGCGGCGGCGGCACGGGAGCCACGAGUACGGCAGACAAGUUCCUGUCCACUGAGGUUACGACGGUACAAGACACGCACUCUCAGAUGGGCCUGCUGGUAGCGUCGUAUAAGGAAACCCUACAUAACAUGACGAUGGAACUUAGUGUGGGUGCCGUACAACGACAGAGCUUGGAUCUCCACGCGGACGACCCCGGCCGGUUGGUGCUGCGAGAGGUGUUGGGCAAGGGAGGUCAUGGAGUGGUGUUCAGGGGUAGCAUGCACUCGCUGGAGGUGGCAAUCAAGGUCUUCCAGACCCCCGGGGAGGACGAGCCGCUCGCCGCCGGCACCGCCAACCGGCCCGAGGUGCUGGCGGAGACGCUGCUGCAGCGGCGCCGCGUGCUGACUCGCGCCGCACUGGAGCUGGCCAUCAUGUCCUCCGUCAGCCACCCCAACAUUGUGCAGGUGUACGCCCAGUGGCCCACCGCGCUGUUGGAGCGCGAUGAGACGCAGCCCUGCCGCCGCCGCCUGCGCAAGCUGCCGCCCGACACGCCCCCGCCCGCCAGCGGGGGACUGGUGUGUGCGGUGAUGGUAAUGGAGUACUGCGACAAGGGCACGCUUGUCGACGCCAUCAACCGCGGAGACUUCGUAACGCCCGCCCGCGACGGCAGCGGCUUCAAGCCCAACUACAAGGCCAUCUACACCACGCUGCUGGAGGUGGCGUUGGCGCUGCGCCACCUGGCCUCCGCCGCCAUCACGCACUGCGACGUGAAGCCCGCCAACAUCCUGCUACGGUCCAGUCCGAGGGACCCGCGCGGCUUCACUGCAAAGCUAGCGGACUUUGGCUACGCUGCGCUGCUGCGCGACAGCUCCCCCGAGGGCCACCGCAGCGUGGUGACGGACGAGGCGUGCGGCACCGUAACGCACAUGGCGCCCGAGUCCUUUGUAGAGGGCGAGCCGGUGGACAGCAGUGCUGACGUGUAUGCGUUCGGCAUCCUGAUGUGGGAGCUCAUCUCCGGCAAGCAGCCCUACCACGACCGCAACCUGAAACAGCUGCCGCAUGAGGUUGUCAACAAGGGGCUACGACCCACCUUCCCGCCCAACACCCCGGAGGUGUACAAGGCGCUGGCCAAGAGCUGCUGGAGCCCGCUGCCGCGCAACCGCCCCUCCGCCGCGCAGGUGGUACAGUCCAUCCAGGCCCAACUGGACAAGAUUGAGGCGGUGGCCCGACUGCUGGGCAAGACGUGAGUGUGUGCGCUGCGAUGGUGAAUGACGGGCGGCGUGGCGUGGGGUGGGAUGGGGUGGGGUGGCGUGGGGUGAGGUACUGGGGGUUGCAUAAGUGAAGGCGCCAAGAAGCGCUGGGGUCUGGUGAGGUGUGGGUAGGAGGGGCGAGGUGAGGUGCUGGUUGGGAGAGGUGGGGGCACGGACUAGAGGGAGAGGACAGAUGCUGGAGAAAGAAGUUUGGCUGAAGGGCGAGUGAGGAGAGAAGAGAGGGUGAGCGGUAUCGCGCUUCCGGUGGUUGUUUUGUUUGGGCGGCUGAAGAAGACACGCUUAGCGAAGGCGUGAGGGAAGGAGAACGCAUGCUGUUCACAUUACCGGUAAGCGCGCAGCGCCUGUCUUCUGCACGUUUCGGCCGUGCAGCUGAUCAAUCAAGUAGAGGCGCUUGAGAUCUUUCCAUCCAUCAUGUUUUGCGGUUGUGGUGCGGUCGUUCGCUUGGCCGUUGGAAAGCAGUCAAGGUGCCUCUGGAGUUGCGUGAGCCUUACGUUGUUGGUAAAGGGCUGCAUAAGCGGGGCAUGAUGCGGCACGCAAGGCAAGGCUGGAUGGGAAACGUGGCUUGGUUGGGUUGCAAGGCGAGUGGACAGGCGCGUUGCGACACACGCAUGCGAGCAGCAGGCAAGAGUGAGUGAGGCGAGGGGAGCGCAUGCCAUGAUUUGUCAUUAGGCAUGGUGGUGGUGAGGAAAACAAACGCCUAAACGCCGCGAGUAUUGCUGCUGGUGGGGUGGUGGAUGAAUGGCCUGCGGGUGAUGGGUGUAUGCAUAAUUGGAGUUUGGAAGGUCGGUUGCAGGGAGAAACAAAAGUCCCAUUGCUUGGCAGCAGUGAAGAGCGGCUUGCCGGAGUCGCUUAAGGUGUGGGGAAAUGUUCAGGAAGAGGCAGAGAUGGCUACCGAACGGUGAAGAAACGAGGAGGCAGAUGCCUGGAGAGGGACAGAAGUUGUACGAUUUUGCGACGGCAGUGGUGCCUGCGUCUUCCCUUCGGAAGGGCAUGCGUGUUUGUAUGUAGGAUUUGGUUUUAGUCGGCGGGUUCUACGCUUUAGGCUUUGCGCUGAAGUCUGUCAUGCCGUUACGGCGUCAUGCCGGCUUUUGUCUGCGUCUGAACUCACUACGUUAUGCAAUACCUACGCAAAGGAAGAAUCCAACCUCUACGUAUACAGCGAUAGCAUGAAUGAGACAGAAGCACGGCUUGUGCUUUUGGAGCUUUUUUGGAUGAAAGAUGUGGGGUGGGUGGUCUGCUUGACUCAUUCAUCGGUUGAUAAACAAUUUGGAUGGGCAGUCUGAAAGGUCCUGAAUAUUGGUCUCCAUGCCGCUCUUGGCUCAGGUCAUUUCCCUGUUUUGUGUCCUUAAUGGAAGGGUGGUUUGCUAGCUGGAAUAUACUCCAAAUGUUCCGGAUGGUGUUUCCGAGAGUGCCUGGCAGGCUGGGUGGCAACACACGACGCUAGGUGGCGAGUCCUGAUGGCGGCAGGCUGUUGUGACCCAUGGGUCACAUUUUAUGGAUUCAAAAAUGCGUUGUUUGGCUGCCUGUUGGGCAGCCAUACUGGGCUUGUGGGGUUGAGGGCCACGGAACAACGUAUGGAGCCAGAUUCCUUCAAUGUGGGAUGACUGCCCCCAACCGGCCUUUCAAUGUUUUGGAAGAAAAUGUCUGUACGUCACGCACGGAAGGAGUAAGGAUUUUAUUUGCGUAGUAGGGGUGUGUGUUUACCGAAGACCACAUGGAGCCGCUUCUGGUCUGGAGUUGUCCUCUUUCCCUUCCUUGCGUGCAGGAACUGCGCCGCUAGUGCGCCGUUCCUCCGGUCAUGCAUCCCGGCCUGGUCCGGUGCAUGCAUGCCGUAACGAUGACAGCACUACAUGGUUUGGUCGGGGAAUUGAGCAUUUACACGUCACCCAUCGUGUGUGACGCGGCGCUGGCUGGCUGACGCAGUAGGCUGUCUCCUGAAGAGAGAAACAUGCGGCGACUAAUAGUAUUAUUCAUGGUCCAUUUGGGUGUUAUUGCGGAUGUUGUCGUUACUAAGCGCUUGGGGGCUUGGUCAUUAUACACCAGAUGCUCAUUAUAGCCACCAGGGAAGUAUUUUGGGUCACAUGGGUAGCGAAGCAGGUGUAAGCACCUGGAUGUGUGUGUUGACAAUUUGUGCCUUCGUGGCUUACUUGCACCCCAUCUGCCGUGUGUAUGCUCCUUUCAACGAGUGUCCCCUAUGCGUAGUUUUCGACACGUUUUAAUACAUGGAUACGCUGCCUACGUUCUUCACGCACACGAUAUUACGGUAGUUACGAGCUUCAGGCACGGAGGUUGUGUUGUUUGCGCGGGAGCCGACGCCCCCUGCUUGCGUGUGCACAUAAUGGUAAACAGAAAGUGGUCCGUGGUCGUAGCGGUGAGCGUUGUGCGUGCUGCAUGCAACAGGAAAUCGCGUCAAGCCCGACCGUUUCUUGGCGCGCCCGUUCCUCUUAGCUCUGUAUGUAUUUGUUCGCUCAACACACGCGCACGUAUGCUGCACGUGUGAUGUGCCGCGACACGCGUGCGCGGAUUUUGAGCAGCAGUGCGCCGCUUUGCCUGAGCUGGUGACAUCUUCACCGUAAGCAGGCGGCGGCAGCUUGUUGUGGCGUAAGCGGCAACUCGGGUUCUACAGGAAGGCAAGCUAGCAACAUGUAUGUAUGUAUGCAUGCAUGCAUGCAGGUACAUGCGCGCAGGAUAGGCGGGGUGGGGUGUGAAGGAAACUUGGCCGGAAGCACAGGCCGAAACCGAAGAGGAAUACCGGUAUGGUAUGGGAGGGACGGUUGUACGGAACGGCGGAAGAGGAUGAUUAGAUAGGUAGUACUGAGAUUUAUCGCGUACUUCUGCUUUCCACAACAUGUAAAGCCACC